AUGCCGACAACCAUUCAGGUGUCUGAGCACUAUGACCCCAUUCCAGACGUCUAUGCCUCCGAGCUCGUGGGCCUGCUCCUGGCGAAGAACGCAGACGAGCGGCCCACGGCAGAACAGGCUCUUGCGCUGCCAGUGUUGCAGCCCUACAGCAGUGCGGAGCCCCUGGAAUUUCCAGAGCCUGCGUUUGGGAAGACAGCUCCGGCCGCGAUCAAAGUGAUCGAGGAGGACUCGAGCCCGCCUCCUCCUCCGCCAGAGGAGCUGGUCUCAGAAGGCCCUCGGCCGCCGCCGUCGCCUUGGCAGUCACAGGUGUCAUCCACACUGCCCGGUACGAGGCCCGGAGAGCUUGGUGCAAAGCCGCUACCGCCAAAGCGCGUGGUGGCCACUGGCCAGCCCCCGCCGCCACCGCCAGGCCCUGGAGUCUCCACUGCCUCAAGCUGGCGACCACGCACGCAAGCACUCUUGAAUUCUUCGGUCGGGGCACGUGGUGCCCGUCAGAAUGUUGAGAUCAGCGAUGAAGUCCAGGCUGGUAAGACGGUUUGCAAGUGGAAGCCACAGAUCAAGCGAGCGUCAGCGCGAGACAUCGGCGAGUUACUGCUCAUCCAUCAAUCACUGGGGGAAGCAAGGCUCGAAGCCAACCUCAUCAUCUUGAAUGCCACGGUACAUGCCUGCGAGAAGGGUGAUCGAUGGUCGUAUGCGUUGAGUUUGCUAAGCGAUGCGAGGAAACGGGCACUGCAGUGGGAUGCUUUCUCCUGCGGCAGUGCUGUAAACUCCUGUGAGGGUCUCUGGCAACGGGCUUUCCUGCUGCUUCAGCUGCAUGUGGAUGCCGGCUUCUUAUCCCAGCACGUUCCCACCACGUCGGCCACACGGGCCUGUGCAACUCAAGCGGCCUGGCGCAGUGCCCUGCAGUUGCAGGAGUCUUAUGCAGCAAGUGCGGGUCAGAAAGACCUCGUGCUCGGGAAUGCGGCCAUUCAAGCGAUCUCGGGCAGCGGCCGGGCGGAGCGUGCCGAAGCUGUAGAGGAACUCUGGGAGAAAACGGCUCGCCUUGUCUACCAGCUGUUGAGACAGAGCCUGCAGGUCAACGCCAGGACGUAUCUUCCAGCCAUGAGGUCCUACAGCCCAGAACGCUGGCCUGCGGCGUUGCAGCUUCUUUUAGAAUGCAUGGAAGCCCAAAUCUCCGGCAAUCUGCUCCUUAGCACGUCCGUCGUCAGCGCCUGUGGUAGCUCCUGGCAGAGGGCGCUGCUUUGCUUCAGGGAGACAAAGCAGCAACGAUUGUCAGCCGAUGUCGUCAUGUACAACUCCGCACUCAGUGCCUGCGCUGAGGGAGGGGAGUGGGAAUGUGCCCUAUGCCUCUUGAAAGAGAUUGGAGAUGUGGAGUUGGAGAGGAGCAUCGUUUCAUACAAUGCUGCGAUUAAUGCUUGUGCUGCAGGAGGCCAGUGGCUGCUGGCAGUGCAUAUCUUGGAGAUUGCUUUGAAGAGCGGCCUACAAGGAAGCCUCGCUUCCUUCACUGCCACAAUGGAUGCCUGUGCCUACGAGUCGUCCAAACGCUGGGAGAGCGUACUCCGGCUGUUUCUGCAGCUGAGCCACAGCUUUAUCGACUUGGAUGCCGGUGCAGUUGGCUCAGCGAUUAAUGCAUGCAACCACUCGAGUCUAUGGACUGCCGGCCUGAACAUCCUGAGCAACAUGCAGAAGACUAGAUUGCGAGCACAGGCCCGGCUGUGCAACGCGGCUCUUCGAGCCUGGCAGAGCGUUGACCUUUGGCACUCUGGGCUGCAACUGUUUGCCGAGUUUCAAGCGCAACACGUACUAGCAGAUGCGAUCGGUGUCAAUGUGAUGACCAAUGCAUUGACAGCCGGAGCCCAGUGGCGACGCUCAAUCCGAGCAAUGCGACAUCUCUUGAACGGAUCCUUACAAGCUAACGAGAUCAGCUAUAGUUCGCUUGUCAGAGCGACGGAGAUCACAGACUCGUGGCGCACCGCACUGAAGUAUCUGGUCGAGACGCGUGAGGAGAGCUUGCCGGGCAGUGCGAUCCAAUGCAAUGCUGUGAUCAGCGCUUGCGCGAGCCGAGAGGCUUGGGAGUGGGCUCUCUUGUGUUUCUCCCAGAUGACCUCUCAGCAGAUUCUGCCCGACAUUGUUUCCUACAACUCCGCGAUGAAUGCUUGCGUCCAAGCAGAGGAGUGGCAGCGAGCUCUCUGCUUGCUCCAGCAUGUCUGCAUGGUGAGGCUACAGUGCAGUCUGGUCUCAUACAAUUCUGCAAUGAGUGCAUGUGCUUCCGGCAGCCAGUGGCAACUGGCACUGUGCUUUCUGGCCUUGCUUCAGCAGCUCAGACAAGCCGAUGUUUUUAGCUAUUCUGCUGCAAUGGCUGCGUGUGACUCCGGCAAGCAGCAGCGUCGGGUCGUCUCUCUCCUUGCCGAGCUUCGAAGUGAAGGACUUCAGGAAUCCGUGCUUCCCUUUACGUCGGCGAUCAACGUUUGUGCAAAAGGCCGGGACUGGGAACCUGCGCUGACAAUGCUCGCUCAUCUUCGGUGCAGGGCUUUGCAGCGAAAUGUUGUAUGCCACAACGCAGCGCUAGGAGCCUGUAGGGGCGAUCAUUGGCAAAAGGCUUUCCACUUGCAGCAAUCGCUUUGCAGGGCUAGCUUGCAGCCCAAUGCUAUUACUUGCAGCUCCACCAUCAGCGCUCUCGAAACGGUCGGGCAGUGGGAGUGGGCCUUGCACCUUUCACUUCGUCGGGGAGUCCACGCGAAUCGAAUGGCCGUCAGUGCUGCGAUCCGCAGCUGUGGUGGCAAGCAGUGGGAGUGGGCACUCGCUUUGCUGGAAAUGCUGCUGGACCUUGAGGAAAGUGGCAUGGCGGGUAUGGAGAGCGACGUGGUCGUUUACAAUGCAUGCCUCUCUGUCUUUCAAGUCGCUGCUCAGUGGCAGCAUGCCUUGAGUUUGCUGGGUGAGCUCCAGAAACGGUGCAUGGAAGCCACGGUGCAGACCUUUGCGGCGGCCGUCGGUGCCUGUGAGCGUGGCCUCCUGGCACAAGAAGCCGUCUCACUGAUCGAAAAUGUGGAGUCCACUGCAUGGCCGCUCCCAGCAAAAAGCGGCCAGAGCUUAAUUGACCUCGUAGCUCAUGCCUUUGCCCGGCACGACACCACGGGUCUUGGCGAACUCAGCCCGGAGCAGUUUGCCACUUUCCUUCAAUCACUGUCCGUGGGGCUGAGCUUGCGGGAGGAUGAUCUGCUGGAUCUGCCUCCAGCAUCCAGUGCCGCCGGUGCGAAGGAAGCAGAAGCAGACGUUGCCAGGAGAAUGUGCCCGAGCACCUGGAAGCAUCCGCUGUGGCGCUGCUCUGCAAGCGCUAUCGACCUGACGGACCCGGAAGGCUCCUCCGCUUCGGAGCUCCCCAUGCCAUGGCCGCCGGGGCAAGGCGUCCAACUAGCCCCAGACCCUCCAGGCCCUCCAGGCCCUCCGGGCCAGGCCCAUCGGCAGCUUCGACAAGGGCUGCUGGCUGCAACAAUGCAGCGACUUCGCUUCCGCGCGGUGGUGACUCGUUGCGGCCGCACUCGUGGUCGAAAGGCAUGGCAGAAGGAUACCCUGCUGCUGCGAAACGUCGUAGCCACUUCCCCUGAUCUGCCCCAGAAGAUCCACACAGACCACGUUUGGUUGAAGGCCUUGCUGGUUUUGGUGCAAGUGUGCCACUGUGCCAUGCCCAACUCUGCUUCUGAGCCAUAA